AGGCUGAAUUUCGGGAAAGAGAUUUUAGAUACAGUAUUAGGGGACCACUAAGGCCUAUAUAAAAGAGCACCAUGUAUGGGACCUUUACUCUUGUUUUUUUUCUCUUCCUUUUGCAUGAAAGGGCUUAUAUUUUAGUCUUAUUGCUGGGUUUUCUGACAAUAGUUAAAUGGAUAUCUACUACUCUACUUAUUGGUAAAAUGUGAUCAUUAGUUAUUUCAGAAACGUUAAUAACAAUACUGUAAUAGCGUUGAACAACUGCGUCAUUCAGAAUUUCGCCUCUCCGUUCUUCGAUGAAGCUGGUAGGAGGAGCUGACUACAGCGGGGAGGAGUGACUGAUGUUCGGGCAAAUCAGCCAGGCGAGGAGAGAGGAGAGGUGGACCACAGAGGAGAGGAGAAGAGUCAGAGUUCUCUUUUGAAACGACCUUGUGAUAUUUAAUUAACAUUACUUCUUUGUCUAAGUAAGUUGUUUAAAACAGUGAUAAAAAGAUGGGGAAUCGAGUCGCCCGUGAGGACUUCGAGUGGGUGUAUACGGACCAGCCGCAUGCCGACAGGAGAAAAGAAAUACUGGCCAAAUACCCAGAAAUCAAGUCGUUGAUGGGUCCUGACCCAAGGCUGAAAUGGAUUGUGUGCAUGAUGGUGGCUAUACAGUUUUUAGCUUUCUACUUGAUUAAAGACUUGGACUGGAAAUGGGUUUUGUUUUGGACAUAUGCCUUUGGCAGCUGUAUCAACCACUCAAUGACCCUUGCUAUUCAUGAGAUUUCCCACAAUACGGCCUUUGGAAACAACAAGGCCAUGUGGAACCGCUACUUUGCCAUGUUUGCCAACCUGCCCAUCGGUCUGCCCUACUCUGCCUCCUUCAAACGCUAUCACCUGGAUCAUCACCGCUACUUGGGUGGAGACGGGGUAGAUGUAGACAUCCCUACUGAGUUUGAAGGCUGGUUCUUCUGCACGCGUUUCCGGAAAUUCAUCUGGAUUAUUCUGCAGCCCUUAUUCUAUGCCAUCCGGCCCCUCUGCAUCAACCCCAAACCCAUCACUCAGCUGGAGGUGACCAACCUGGCCGUCCAGCUCACCUUUAACAUUCUGCUCUACUGGCUGUGGGGGGCUAAGCCUGUGGUCUACAUGCUGGCUGGCUCCUUGCUGGGAAUGGGCUUGCACCCCAUCUCUGGUCACUUCAUAGCUGAGCACUACAUGUUCCUCAAGGGCCAUGAGACCUACUCCUACUAUGGCUCCCUGAACCUGCUCACCUUCAACGUGGGCUACCACAAUGAGCACCAUGACUUCCCUAGCAUCCCAGGACGCAGGCUGCCCAUGGUGAAGAAGAUAGCAGCAGAGUAUUAUGAUGACCUGCCUCAGUACACAUCGUGGCUGAAGGUCCUGUUCGACUUCAUCAUGGACGAUGCACUGAGCCCGUACUCUCGAGUCAAGAGGAAGCUGACCGGAGAUGUCAAGCAGGAGUAACUUGACUGAAAGCUUCUCUGGAACAAAGCUGCAGUGUCCACCAUAACGGCACACCCCCCCCCCCCGCUCACCAUCCCAUAAACUAAACCGCUUCUGCAUAUUAAUACAAUCAACCUGGGUAAAAAGGGUGGGCAUUGUGAAAAAGUGCUUUUCAUCCACAGGAAGAGAACAGAGAUAUUUGUUAUCCUAAAGACAAAAAACUGGAGACGCUAGAUUAAAAAACUCAGUAUGUUAGUGUGAUUAGGCAGUAGCUAGGGCUGGUUGCACAACGCCUUUGGCUCUGAUCAAACAAAUACUUCAACUUAAAAUGUCUAAUGUUAUACUUUAACUCGUUCGUAAAAUACAUAUAACUGGAUGGUUGGAUUGUUAUGAAAUUUGGUACACAUAUUAUUGUCGCCCUGAGGAUGAAUCAAAGUCACUCUUCCAUUUGUCCAAUACUUGAGUUUAAAACGACCCCCAAAUUCUAGCUGGUAUGUUAAUGUGCACUGCACAACGGCAAACAAUGAAUCAUGAACAGACUGCUGGAAGACGUGCAUCUGUUUGCAUUAGUCGGAGCAAAACAAGACCUGUCUACCUUAGGGGUGGGAAUCACCAGAGGCCUCACGAUACGAUAUCGCGAUACGAUAUUACUGCUAUUUUAAACCUAUUGCAAUUUAUUACCUUUUUUCCAACUUUAAAUUUUUCCCAAUUUUAAAUGAUGUCCCCAAAAGGAAACUUUUUCAACAUCUGUUUUAUCUUAAAAGAUAAAUGUCUGGGGCGGCCUUUAGCUCACCACAGUUAAGAGCCCCAUGUUGGCUGAGUCCUGCAGCGGCCCAGGUUCAAAUCAGACCUUUGGCUCUUUUGCUGCGUGUCAUCCCCCUUCUCUCUGUAGUGGAUGUCUAUCCACUGUCCCUAUAAUAAAGGGAAAAGCCCCAAAAAAAAAUCUUUAUAAAAAAAAAAAGAAAAGAUAAAUGUCUUUGUCUGUUCAUCUCCUAUCAAUUUUAUUGCUGCAAAAUGGGAUUGUCAAGCAGACGAACACCAACACCUAUAUAAUAAUAGAUCAAUACUUGGCGUCUGUGUAUCGAAUUGCCACAGAAAAUAUCGCGAUACUAUGCUUCUUUUUGAUUUUUAUACCCCACCCCUAGUCUACCUCUGAAUGUGGUCUCAGUGAUCAGAUUUCAAUGCAUCCUGGGUGCAUUGACAACCUGUCACCAACCACUUAUCACUCAGAACAGAUUUAGAUGGGAAUGGGUUUUUUAGAUGUCUUUGUGCAACCAGCCCCAUAAAUUAGCUAUCAAGAUAGCUUCACAGCCAACAUAAUAUAAGCCCACACAGGUUGUUGUACCAUCUACUCCUGUGUGACAACUGAGUGCAAACCAUGUCAAAGGUGUUUGCUUUGCAGUUUGUAUUCUGCCACAUUGAUUCAUUUUAUUUAACUGAAGACAUGUCUUCCUCCAUUUUGCAUUUUGGACUCUACAGUUAGAGGUCAACAACAUGAAUGUGUGUGUGUGUGUGUGUGUGUGUGUGUGUGUGUGUGUGUGUGUGUGUGUGUGUGUGUGUGUGUGUGUGUCUCAAAGUUGAACUCUGAGUGAAUCCACUCAUUAAGAUCCCUCCGUAUGUGUUGGGUUUAUGGGGAAGUUUCAUCGGUUGCUUUAUGUUAAAUGUAGUAGUUAACCUUUUUUUCCCCAACUGCUCUUUAUCAUCAACACUUUAAUCUACCAUUAUACAACAUGUUGUCGUGCUUCCAUACAAACUGUUUAUAACAAGUUAGUUUAAGGUUGAAUGUGUGUUACUCACCAGUGCCUCAGAGCUUUAUUUUUAAUUCUCUGCGCCGUUUGUGGUCUUAAUUUCAAUUUUAUGAAUGCAUUUCUUUGAUCGAAAAACUGCCAAGAAUAGAAAAUGUGUUUGAUAAAAAUCACCUAAUCACUUUAUUGUCCUUUUUUGUUAUUGUAUCUAAGUUGUAGAAGCAGGGCUGCUGCAGCUGUCCUCUGUGUUAGUUUGAAAUUUGGAGACUUGGCAACCGUGAACAAAAUUACAUUGGGUUGCUAUUGAUUUGACUGUUUCCACAAUUUAAAAAUAAUGUAAUACAGUUAAUUUGGAAUACUUUAAAGCCAACAAAAUAAAUGAAGAUAAAAAAGA